CCGCGGCUAUAUAGACCGGUGGCGGAGCACGCGUGUGUGCGGACGCACUUGCGUGAGCGAUUCCUGCCGCCUUUGCCGCUGCUGUGGAGCAAAAGCUUGUUCCUCUCCCGCUCAGCCGCGUAGGUUGAAUUGACCAAAGCAAUGGUUAUGGAGAAGCCUAGUCCCCUGCUGGUCGGGCGGGAAUUUGUGAGACAGUAUUACACACUGCUGAACCAGGCCCCGGACAUGCUGCACAGGUUCUAUGGAAAGAACUCAUCCUAUGUCCAUGGGGGGCUGGAUUCAAAUGGCAAGCCAGCAGAUGCGGUCUAUGGACAGAAAGAAAUUCAUAGGAAAGUGAUGUCGCAAAACUUCACCAACUGCCAUACCAAGAUCCGUCAUGUGGAUGCUCACGCUACUCUUAAUGACGGUGUUGUGGUCCAGGUGAUGGGGCUGCUAUCCAACAACAACCAGGCUCUGCGGAGAUUCAUGCAGACCUUCGUCCUGGCUCCCGAGGGCUCUGUUGCAAAUAAAUUCUAUGUUCAUAAUGAUAUCUUCAGAUACCAAGAUGAGGUCUUCGGUGGCUUUGUUACUGAGCCUCAGGAAGAAUCUGAGGAAGAAGUAGAAGAACCUGAAGAAAGACAGCAGACACCAGAAGUUGUUCCUGAUGAUUCUGGAGCUUUCUAUGAACAGGCAGUCAACAAUGACUUGGAAGAACAUAUAGAGGAGCCUGUUGCUGAGCCUGAGCCUGACCCCGAACCAGAACCAGAGCAAGAACCAGUGUCUGAAAUUCAGGAGGAAAAGGCUGAGCCGGUAUUGGAAGAAACUGCUGCUGAGGCUGCGCGGCCAAGUUCCUCUCCCGCCCCUGCGGAUGCUGUGCAGACAGCCCAGGAAGACCUGAGGACAUUUUCUUGGGCUUCUGUGACCAGUAAGAACCUCCCUCCCAGUGGAGCCGUUCCGGUUACUGGCAUUCCACCCCAUGUCGUCAAAGUCCCAGCCUCACAGCCCCGUCCAGAAUCUAAGCCCGAAUCUCAAAUUCCACCACAGAGACCUCAGAGGGAUCAGAGAGUUCGAGAACAACGAAUAAAUAUCCCUCCCCACAGGGGUCCUCGGCCAAUCCGAGAGGCCGGUGAGCAAGGCGAUGUGGAGCCCCGAAGGAUUGUGCGACACCCCGACAGUCACCAACUCUUCAUUGGCAACCUGCCCCAUGAGGUGGACAAGUCAGAGCUCAAAGAUUUCUUCCAAAACUAUGGGAACGUGGUGGAGUUGCGCAUUAACAGCGGUGGCAAGCUGCCCAACUUUGGUUUUGUUGUGUUCGAUGACUCUGAACCUGUGCAGAAGGUCCUUAGCAACAGGCCCAUCAUGUUUCGAGGUGAAGUCCGUCUGAACGUGGAGGAGAAGAAGACGCGGGCGGCCCGAGAAGGCGAUCGCCGGGACAACCGCCUGCGGGGGCCCGGAGGCCCUCGAGGUGGGCUGGGCGGGGGCAUGAGAGGCCCACCCCGGGGAGGCCUGGUGCCCAAACCAGGAUUUGGAGUGGGAAGGGGCAUCGCUCCCAGACAGUGAAGGCUUCUCCAUGGGCUCCGCACAGCACACCAACCCCAGCGCCUACAGAAGGGUGGAUUUCUUCAACCAGCCUCUGGUAUCCUGGAGUUUGAUGACCCUAGUCUAUUAUAAACUGCUAAGUUUGUACAAUUUUAUUUCUUUUUGUGUUAGGGUAUCUGCCCCCUUCCCUUCCCUU